AUGGAGGAGGACUACAGGCUUUCAGGGACCAUUAUGCAAGAGCCUAAGACCCUAAGUCCGGCGCGGGAGGCCCGGAGGGGAGGGGGGCUGGACGGCCGAGGCCGAAACGGGCCCUGGGGUGCGGGCGGGACAGCGCUGUCCUCGGACCGUCCCCGGCCCCACUUCGCUGUCCUGAAGCCCCAGGAGUCCCUGGCUCAGGUUCCUCCCACUGAAAGUAGUUUGAAGACAAAAGAGGACAAGAUGGAGAACUAUGAGAGGACUAUCCAGUUUUGCUGGCAAUCUUAUAAGGAGCAGAUGGACUCUAUCCCCAAGGAUUGGUGCGACUGGGCCAUGAUUAGCAGGCCUUAUAGCGACCUACAGUAUUGCUUGGAGCAUUUUGCAGAAGUAUUUCACCUGGGCUUCCCCAAUCCCCGAGCAGAAGAGAUCAUCUUUGAGACUCACCAGAUCCACUUUGCCAACUGCUCCCUGGUGCAGCCCACCUUAUCAGACCCCCCAGAGGAUGUGCUCCUGGCCAUGAUCAUAGCCCCAAUCUGCCUCAUCCCUUUCCUCGUCACCCUUGUGGUGUGGAGGAGUAAAGACAGUGAAGCCCAGGCCUAGGGUGGUGUGAGCUUUUCUUCGCAGCCAUCUUAUCCUACUCCUUUUCCCUGCCACCACCAGGUCUCUGUUCCCCUCCCUGCCCUGCCUCCUUCUCUCACUCCCAUGCCCACCACAGAUCCUUGGACUGGUGGAAAUGGAAACCCAGUGGUGUCAUGGCAUAAGUUCUGUAAUCUUCAAAAUAAAACUUUUUUUUUGUACUGUC